UUUCAAGUACUCAAAUUGUGAAAUACGAUUCGAAAAGAAGUGCCCAAAAUUGUUAAUUAAUUAAUGGCUGGGCCAUUUAUAUCGCCGCUACCGGGCGAUCUGCUCACCGAAUACAUGUUCGGACGUCGUCGACAGCGUCGCAAUCGGACCACGUUCACUCCACAGCAGCUCCAGGAGCUGGAGGCUCUCUUCCAGAAGACCCACUAUCCGGAUGUCUUUCUGCGCGAGGAAGUCGCGUUGCGCAUCAGCCUCAGCGAGGCGCGCGUCCAGGUUUGGUUUCAGAAUAGACGCGCCAAGUGGCGCAAGCAGGCGCGUCUGCAGCUGCUGCAGGACGCCUGGCGGAUGCGUUGCCUCAGCCUGGGCACGCCGCCAGUCAUAGCCGGAGCCGGAGCUGGAGCUGGAGCCGGCAGCCGGCCGCCCAGUGGCAACAAUCAAAUGCCAGAGAAUCUAUCGUCGGCGGGAAGUGUGACUGGAGCUGGAAAGGAUGGGCUGGGCAAUGAGACGGGGGUUGGGGGCGAUGUGCCGCUGACCAAUGGACAAAGUGCUGCGGCGAAUUUCACAAUGAUGCAUCCGGCAUUCCAGCAGCAGCAGCAGCAACAUCAACAACAGCAGCAGCAAUCGCCGCUUGGACAGUCGGAGCAUGAAAAGCUAUCGAAAACCUACACAGAACUGAAGCUCUACAAGGAGACGACCUCGCAUGGCGUUUCUCAAUUGGAUUUGGGCGGCAUGGCAGCGUUGGCACCCACCUCUGAUGAGGGCUCUGAUGGCUCCGAUUCCGAGGAAAUCGAUCUCACCUCGGGCGCCUGCAUUGAUUUCUCACACAGCACCAAAUUACAACAACAACAACAACAACAACAGCAGCAACAAGCAGCGGCAGCCGCGGCUUUGGCUGCCACACAGUCACAGAGUUCGAAUGGCGUGCAUUAACCAGCAUUUCUGUUUAUACCUAAAAUUCCUCUCAUUUGAUUUAGAAAUACAAAUGCAAUUUAAACAUAAAAGAAACAAGUUGAACUUCUUAUUUGAAUUCAAAUGUGCGCGCCGAUUUUCGAUACAUUUGAAUGCUAACAGUCUGCUGUAAAAUUAACAGUUUUCUGUAAAGUUAACAGUUUGCAUACUAAACACAGCUGGGCAGUGUGACCAUGCCUGUCACUUUCAAAUCGCUGAACAUAUUAAUAACAAUAAAUAUACACAAGCUUUC